AUGCAAAAUACAUCGCCUAAAAAACGAAGAUCAUCGAUAUUGAAAAUGCAGCAAUCUAUGAAUGUUGACAGUUGUGAGUCUUCAUUGACGAUGACAAAUACGACAAAGCGACGUGUUAGCUUCCACCGUGUUCUAACUAUUCAAGAAUUUGAUGCGGACAGCGCCAGAAUUGUUCGUGCUCCACAAGUCGAAUUAAUGACAUUCGUAAACCACGAAAUGGACGAUUCUGCUUCAAAAAUAGCUGUAUCACUUCCGUCAAAUUAUUCGAGUCAUUCUAGCAAUAGUGCUAUUAAUGACAUGUCAGGUGUUAAUACUGGCGUAACUGAUGUUCGCAUGUACAAAAAUGUGGUAUGUGGAAGUGAAUCGUCAACAAAAGAAAUGGGUGAAAUGUUUUCGGAACUGGAGGUAUUAUUUUAA